CCUCUUAGAUCUGGAGAGUCCAGAAGGGAUCGCUAUAGACCAUGUGGGUCGGACACUGUUCUGGACAGAUUCUAUGAAAGACCGCAUCGAGGUAGCCUCUCUGGAUGGGACCAAGCGACGCGUCCUCAUCGACACGAACUUGGUCAACCCCCGAGCCAUCAUCGUUGACCCUGUCAAUGGCAACAUGUACUGGGCAGACUGGAACCGCGAAGCUCCUAAAAUCGAGACUUCUGCCAUGGAUGGGACCAACAGGAGAGUUCUGGUGAAGGAUGACCUGGGGCUACCGAACGGACUCACCUACGACCCGCAGAGCUCUCAGCUGUGCUGGGCCGAUGCAGGAACACACAUGAUCGAGUGUAUGAACCCAGUGCAGGGAGACAGGAGGAAGGCCAUGAAGGCGAUCCAGUACCCAUUUGGAAUCACCUCCUAUGGGAAGAACAUCUACUACACUGACUGGAGGAGGUAGACAGGAUCCAGACAUAACUAUCAUAAUAUCUACUACACUGACUGGAGGAGGCAGACUGGAUCCAGACAUAACUAUCAUAAUAU